AUGGAGCCGCAGCCCGGCGGCGCCCGGAGCUGCCGGCGCGGGGCCCCCGGCGGCGCCUGCGAGCUGAGCCCGACGGCCGAGACGGCGCCCAUGAGCCUGGCCAUCCACAGCACGACAGGCACCCGCUACGAGCUGUCGGUGCCCCCCGACGAGACGGUGGAAGGGCUGCGCAAGCGGCUAUCCCAACGCCUCAAAGUGCCCAAGGAGCGUCUGGCGCUGCUCCACAAAGACACCCGGCUCAGUUCGGGGAAGCUGCAGGAGUUCGGCGUGGGGGAUGGCAGCAAGCUGACGCUCGUGCCCACCGUGGAGGCGGGCCUCAUGUCUCAGGCCUCCAGGCCAGAACAGUCUGUGAUGCAGGCCCUGGAGAGCUUGACAGAGACCCAGGUCAGUGACUUCUUGUCAGGCCGUUCGCCGCUGACCCUGGCGCUGCGUGUGGGGGACCACAUGAUGUUUGUCCAGUUGCAGCUUGCAGCCCAGCAUGCCCCACUGCAGCACCGCCACGUGCUGGCUGCUGCCGCCGCCGCUGCCACCCGCGGGGACCCCAGCAUGACCACCACCCCUGUGUCCUCUCCCUGCCGGCCAGUGUCCAGUGCCGCCCGCGUCCCCCCAGUGCCCACCAGCCCUGCCCCCGCAUCCUCACCUGUCACUGCCGGCUCUUUCCGCUCCCAUUCAGCCUCUACCACCUGCCCCGAGCAGAUGGACUGUUCCCCCGCUGCCGGCACCGGUGCCAGCCCCACGUCCCCCACUGGGGGCAGCCCCACCUCCCGCUCCCGCAAACCUGGCGCAGUCAUCGAGAGCUUCGUGAACCACGCCCCAGGGGUCUUCUCAGGGACGUUCUCUGGCACGCUGCACCCCAACUGCCAGGACAGCAGUGGGCGGCCGAGGCGGGACAUCGGGACCAUCCUACAGAUCCUCAAUGACCUCCUAAGUGCCACACGGCACUACCAGGGCAUGCCCCCAUCACUCACACAGCUGCGUUGCCACGCCCAGUGCACCCCAGACCUCGGCCCCAAAACUACCUCCUGCGAGAAGCUGGCGGCCGCGGCCCCGGCCUCCCUGAGCCAGGCCCGCUUGUGCAAGCCCCCGGGGGACCGGCUGCGGCAGACAGAGAACCGAGCCACCCGCUGUAAGGUGGAGCGCCUGCAGCUGCUGCUCCAGCAGAAACGGCUCCGCAGAAAGGCCCGGCGUGAUGCCCGCGGUCCCUACCACUGGCCACCGAGCCGCAAGGCCGGCCGCAGCGACAGCACCGGCAGUGGGGGAGGUGGCGGCCCCAGCGAGGCGGCCGGCUUGGGCCUCGACUUCGAGGACUCCGUCUGGAAGCCAGAAGUGAACCCCGACAUCAAAUCAGAGUUCGUGGUGGCCUAG